AACUAAUAAUACAUUGAUCUUGAAUCUUUUGAGUCUUUACUAAAAUUUAUAUAUUGGUCAUACUCGAGUGAAUCUCUACUCAAAUCCGGUUAGAUUUAUAUCAGAUAAUAGAGGUCUCACAUCAAUAAUCCAAGUUGUUAAAUAUGAUCAGCUACCUCUAAACUACUUGCAUACUAAAAUUCAUAUAAUUUGAUGAUCACUAAUCCAUAAUCUACAAAUAUAUAUAUAUAUAUAUAAAAUUUAAUAUUAUUCAAACUAUCUAAAUUUUUGACCAUUUAAUUUAUAGGUAAAGAUCCUUAAAUCAUAUAAGUUUGGGUAUAGAAACCGUUUAAAAAUGGUAGAUUCCACAACUCAAAUUAUCAAUGAAGCACCGUCCAACCUAGAUCUAAUCGAAUUUAAAUAAAGAUCUACUCAAAUAUAACUCAAGCUCUCUCUCUCUCUAUAUAUAUGUCUCUCUGUGUGUGUGUGUGUGUGUGUGUGUGUGUGUGUGUGUGUGUGUGUGUGUGUGUGUGUGUGUGUGUAUUAUAAUAAAAAAUUUUAAAAUAUAUGUAUAUAUUUUUCUGCUAUCUAAUAUCAGGCACUAAAGUUGCGCAUGCUAAAACGGAAGAAUUGCCAAAGACCAGCGAGCAACGUGACCGGCAGCCUUACCAUGCGUUUGGACCCUCCCAGCCAACUCUGAGAGCUAAACCGCAUCCGACUCGAAACAAAAAUUGCGUCUACUAGGUAUCGCCGGUUACGAUACAGCCAAUACCCCACCUCUCCUGGGGUUUUAUUAGGGUUUCGUCGCGUCGAUUAGCAACCUUUCCUCUCCUUCGCAAACCUUCGGCAGCCCCACAAAUCCCCUAACUCCGGCCAUGAAUGGAACCGCCGGCGAAGCAUAAGGAGGAGGAUCGGAGCCCUCGUCCCCCCUUCGCCGCCACCGUUUCCAGGGUCGCCGUGGCCCAGAUCUGCCUCACCAUCGGGUACGCUGCCGCGGAGCCCGCCGCCCUCCGCGCCCUCGCCGACGUCGCCGCUCGCUUCGUCCAGGCCCUGACCCGGUCGGGCGCCUCUAUCGCCGCCUCCAACGGCCGGACCGACGCAAACCUCCUCGACCUCGUCCGGGCGAUGGAGGACCUCAGCCUCCCGCUGGGCUUCGCCGGCGCCUCCGAUCCGACGAGACCGCUUCUGAGAUCGAGCAUUUUGAGAGAGCUUAUGGCGUUCGUCCGAUCGGUGGAGGAGAUCCCUUUCCCGAGGCCGAUCCGGCGCGAAUCCGUGAGGACUAGGGUUUCGCCGAGCUUCGCGCAGAUGGGGCGGGAACCGCCGUUCCGGCACGUGCCGCGGUGGCUGCCGUGCUUCCCGGAGUCAUGGGAGAGGUCGCCGAGAGAGGGGGAGGGCGGCGGGGACGGGAGAGAAGCGGAGGGUAACAGGGAGAGGACGAAGGGGGUGAGCUUAUUAUGGGAAGGGGAGAGGCUUUUGCCGGCGGAGAGGGAGAGAGUUUGGUUCCGAUUAGAGUACUGUGGUAGGGAGAGGAAGAAGAAGAAGAGGGUCGGCGAGAAGGCGGAAGAGAGGGGUGGGAAGAGAAGAUAGCCUGGGAUUUUUUUCAGUGUUUAUUCUUAUUAAUUUAUCUCGCUGGGAGCUGAAAAAAGUGGCGAGGAAGAGGAGGAUCGAACACAUGAUAUAAGGGGAAAGACAAUAUUACCGACUGUUGUAGCUGCCACUAUAGCUGUAUGCGUUGAAGUUGUUGUAUCUAAACACACUUUUUUAUAUAACUACUUCUGCCAACAUCUAUUAAAACUCUCGUCUUGCCAACCGCACCAUAAGAGAUGGUGGUCCAGAGGCCCGAAAUUGUUGGUGUCUCCUUGGUUUGAGUUCAUUUGCGUUCUAGGUUUUAGAGUUAGUUUAGUUCCACUGUUUUUGUCUGUUGGAGAUAUUCAAAGAUAACUAAGCAUGCGGUGAGUUUAUUUU